AUGACCAAAGAUGAUGUGGAUCAGCAAGGUGGACAGCUAACUCCUGAGCAGGAUGCCAUGCAGCACAUAAAGGCUUGCAAGGACAAAUCCUUCCUGAAGGAAAUGUUUAUUAAUUCCACUAAAGGGAGAGGUGUGUUCACCAGUAAAGCCAUUGAGCCAUCCAACUUUGUUGUUGAGUAUCGGGGGAACAUCUCAACCUGUGGAGAAACCCGUCCAGAGAAAUGUGUAGACACCCUCAACAAUUUCUUGUUUCAGUUUUCCUGGAACGGAACAAGCUGGUGCAUUGAUGCUUCUGCAGAGGAUGGGACUCUCGGACGACUCGUGAAUGAUGAUCACGUAAGCCCCAACUGCAAAAUGAAGAAAAUUGCUCAUGAGGGGAAACCACAUCUGUGCCUGUUUGCUCUGAAGAAAAUAUCUCCAGGCGAGGAGAUAACUUACAACUAUGGGCAGUCCUCUUACGCUUGGCGAUCAGCAGAUCAAAACAAAGAACCACAAACCUCAGAAAUGGAGACUGCAGCGUCUUCGACAGUGGAUGAAAGAGUGGAAAACUCAGAUGAGGAAUUCAGUUCUGCAGAAUGCUUCUCUGAUGAAGAUUAUGUCAUUGACAAUGAACCAAGCAAUGAUGACAGUUUUACCGAAAACGAUGACCAGGAUCAGGAAUUUGAAGAAAAUGCAGAUGACUCGAAGGCCGGUUCUUCCAAAGCGCCGAACGAUAUGUCGGACUCCGAUGAGUCUGACUCUGAUGGAAAGUCUAAAGAAACUUCCUUCACUAAGAGAAAUUACUGUUACGUUUGUGGGAAACCUCAAACUAAAAUUUCUCGUCACCUUUUCACGCAUAGAAAGGAAGAACCUGAAAUUGCUGAAGUGUACGCAAUGCGCAGGAACAGCAAGGAACGCAAAAAGCGUCUGGAGAUGUUGCGAAACAAAGGAAACUUCAAACACAACCAAGGAGUCUUGAAGGCUCGCAGAGGAAAACUGAAAGUGGAAAGAAAAUCGGAGAUGUCCACAUUUAAAACACUCGCCACUUGUGUAUAUUGUAAACGCAUGUAUGAUCGUAAAGUGGUGUGGCAUCAUAUGCAAAAGUGUCCCUCGAUGGCAUCCAAUAAACCUCCAGAAGGCGUUCAAAGUCAAAUCUUAACUUUGGUUGCCGCCACUGGACUAACGGACCCUGAACAGAUCUCAACAGGUGUGAAGAAGAUGUUGAAAAAAAUGAAGAAAGACGAUAUUUCCUCUGUAGUUUGCGAAGAUUCUUACAUAUUACAAUUGGCACAAUGUUGCUACCACAUGAGAGAGAAGAAACAGAAUCAGGGAUACGUCACUCAGAAGCUGAGGCAAAUGGGACGGAUCCUGAUAACGUUAAGAAAGAAGUCGAUAAACAGCUUCGAAGACGCAGUCAAGCCCCAAAACUUCAACGCCGUUGUAGAAGCUGUCCAGGAGAUUGCGGGCAUCAAAGAGGGGUCGAAGUCGUUUGACAAACCAUCUCUCGUUUGGAAGCUUGGAAAUUCGCUGAAGAAGAUCGCUGACAUUAAAUACGCCAGGGCUUUGAAGGAUGGUGAUGAAGAGGUGUUAGAGGAAGCUGAGGCAUUUAUUAAGCUGUGUACGAAAGAAUGGCCCUCCCAUGCAAAAUCACAACCAAAAACACCCUGCCAGCCAACCUUACAGUUUACACAAGAUGUGAUGCUGCUCUACAAGUGCCUGAACAGGACAACAGCUUCUGCAGUCCAGAGCCUGAUGAUGUAUGCAGUAACACCGGUCUACAACGCGCUUCUCAAAGUGGUACUUGCAUUCGUGUCCUUCUUAAACAAAAAUAUUCAGGAUGUUUCAAGGGUGACACUCCAGUCAUUCAAGGAAAGGGCUUCCGCAGAGCUUCAGGAAGAUGCUGCUGGUUCACAGACCCAAUUGGAGCAAAUUCUGUCUAAGCACAAAGUCACGAUUGGUGUUAGUAACUCAAAUGGAAAAAUAUUUGCUCUUACUUUGAGCCCUGAAGUGCUUUCUGCGCUAACGGUGCUUGUGGACAAGAGGGACACAUGUGGAGUAGGUAAGGACAAUCCCUUCUUAUUUGGGAAUCCUGGUGGCAAAGGGUCAGACUUUCACAAGGGACACGCGUGUAUCAGGAUGUUCGUUAAUCGCUGUGGUGCAAAGAACCAGGAAGCUCUCAGGUCUCAGUGUUUUCGUAAGUACAUAGUAAGAAUUUUCCAGAUUCUCAGCCUUAAAAAUGACGAGCUCACUCAGCUAGCUAAGCUGUUGGGCUGUGACAUUCAGACAGACUGGGAGUAUUAUCAGACGCCCGAGGCAGCUGCCGAUGUCGCAAAAAUAUCAGAGCUUCUGUCGGCACUGGAGAAUGGAUCUCUCGAACGAUUCGAAGGAAAGACUCUGGAGGAAAUUGAGAUUCCAGGUAUGUGA